ACUGAGGGACGUAUAAAAAGCUGCCGGCCAUGUCAGGUUGAAGACAGUCGCUGAGGAAACAGCACAGGUGCUUAAAAAACCCUUUUUAUUACUGUUUACCUUUGAAUCAGACAGAAUGCGCUGCAUUGCCGUCCUCGCUUUGCUGGCAGCCUGUGUGUGGGCAGAGGAUUCCCACUACUCGUUCUCUCCGUCUGUGGGAUCAGGAAGCGGCUCCUCGUACAGCAUAACCGGAGAGGGAAGAAUCACGGCCAUCCGGGCCUGGGAGGCCUGGGGGAACCACGUCUACGGCAUCCAGUUCUGCUACGGAUCCGUUUGGUCCGAGAUCGCCGGAUACACGUACAACCAACCCGUAGAGAUCAAGCUGUUUGAAGAUGAGAAAAUCAUCCAGGUGUCCGGGAAGCACGCCCACUACAUCCAGUCCAUGAUCCUCGUCACCAACAAAGGCCGCUCCCUGCAGGUCGGCCAGCCUUCGGGUAAUUCCUUCAACAUGUAUCCAACCCACCCAGACGCCGAGCUGCGCUUCAUCAGCGGCCGUUACCAUGGAGGCCUCAGCGCCUUCCAGGCCCACUGGGCCGUCCUGGACCAGAACCAGGGUUGGUGAACAAAAUAGACCUCCGCGUGGUUUCCUCCACUGCACUUAGCUUUCUUUUUGAGCAAUAAUCUGACUGUGAAUUUAAUAGGUUUUAUCUCUUUUAACACUAAUUAAGUAGGUGUGGAAUAAUUUGCUAAUUUAAACCAAUCUGUUGCAUUUUUGUACUCUCAAAUUUAAUAAAUUAGUACUUAUUUAACGAUCA